GCAGCGUCUGUAUUAUUUAUAUAUAUUCUUUUUUUGGUCAUUUCUGCCAAAAUGAGCUGCUCAAUGGGACAGCAGCUCUUCGACAUAACAUGCGUAGUGUGCGGGGUUUAGUUAUUUAUUUGAUUAUUUAUUUCUGUUCUGAUCGAGCCAACCCCCCUGUGCGCUUUUCCUCUUCAGAUGGCAGAAACGGGAGCGCUGCGUGCAGGCAGCAUCACCGGAAUGUCGGCAUCAAGAGAGGCAACACCGAACCCUGGCCCUGGGAGCUUUUCGCUGGAGGCACAUCUGCAUCAGUGCCACACAGCUGCCGGCGCCUGCAGUCUGAGACCAGCCCACCUGAAGUGAAACAAGGCGAGUAUAUCGUGAUGGAAAUGCAUCUGAUAUUAUCAAGUUAACCGCAGAGGUGAUUUAAUCAUUUUCUGCAAUCUUGUAUACUGUAGCAUCAAUACAAAUUGCUCAUUCUAAAUGAAGGUCUCCAGCCAUGCAAUGUUCUUGGAAGGCUGUUCUUCUGCUCGCCUUGGCUUCCAUAGCAAUUCAGUACACGGCGAUCCGGACCUUUACAGCCAAGCCCUUCCAGAUGUGUCAUGUUCCCAAUCCACUGAAUUGUGGUUUAGGACAAGAAACUGAUUCUUUUGACCGACUCUGUGAUGAAUAUCCAUAUUUCAUAUACAACAUCUCUAGAAAGACGCAUAUUUUGAUUCUGGCUACUACCAGAAGUGGAUCCUCUUUCAUUGGACAGCUGUUUAAUCAACAUUCAGAUGUAUUUUAUUUGUUUGAGCCUCUGUAUCACGUGCAAACAACACUGAUUCCACGUCUGUCUCAUAGCAAAAACACAGCAGAUCGGAGAGUCAUGCUUGGGGCCAGCCGGGAUCUGCUAAGAAGCUUGUACGACUGUGACUUGUAUUUUUUGGAAAGUUACAUUAAACCUCAACCUGUGAAUCACACAACAGACAAGCUGUUUAGAAGAGGUGCUAGCAAGGCUUUAUGUUCACCUCCAGUGUGCGAUGCCUUUCAGCCCAGUGAGGUCAAUAUAGAGGAAGGCGACUGUAUUAAAAAAUGUGCUGCUCUGAACAUGACCUUAGCUAGACAUUCGUGUAGAGAGCGAAGGCAUGUUGCAAUUAAAAUUGUGCGGGUUCCGGAAAUCAAUGAUCUCAGGGCAUUAGUUGAAGAUCCACGGCUAAACCUAAAAAUUAUACAGCUGGUGCGAGACCCUCGAGGCAUCCUUGCUUCCAGGAUUGAAACAUUCCGAGAUACAUACAGACUUUGGAGAAUAUGGAGAGUUACUGGUCGAAAACCAUAUAACCUAGACAUUUCACAGCUGACUGUUGUGUGUGAGGACUUCUUGAACUCUGUUUCAACUGGACUCAGUAGACCUGCAUGGCUGAAAGGAAAGUAUAUGGUUGUGCGAUACGAGGAUCUAGCAAGAAACCCCCUUAAGAAAACCAAGGAAAUCUAUGAAUAUUUAGGAAUGUCCAUGGACAGUAAUGUAAUACGGUGGAUACAAACAAACACCAGAGGAAGCAAUGAGCUAUCAGCAAAACACAAAUAUGGAACGGUACGUGAUUCUGCAGCAAAUGCGGAAAGUUGGAGAUUAAAACUUUCCUAUGAUAUGGUAGAUUAUACUCAAACCGUAUGUAAACAAAUUCUGAACCAGCUAGGAUACAGAAUGGUAGAAUCCCCUGAAGAACUUAAAAAUUUGUCAUUGACAGUGGUUGAAGAAAGAAGUUUUGUACCAUUUUUGUAAUGAAAGUCUUUGUGGACAAUUAUUUUUGAUAUGUUUAUUACUGUUGCCUUAUUUAACAAUUUUGCACUAAAAAUAAAAAAAAAGUCUUGGAGGAAUCUUUUAGAUACAAUUUCUUACAAAUGCAGCACAAAAAAUAAAUAUUGAACUAUAUGAACUGAAAUAAGCCAAGCUGGUGAUGUAUGUUGUUUACAUUUCGUAAGGUGGGGAAUAUGAAACUACUUCAGCAUUUUCUAAAGAUCAGCUCUGUUUACAUCAUGCUCCCUUCCUCCUCCUAUAGUUUAACAACUGUUACAUUGAUCGAAUGUGUUGUUAUUCUUUGUUCGUUUCAAGUAUCUGGGCUAAAUAACUGUGAAAGCAUGAACUAAUCCCAAUGAUGAAGAUGCUUCACAAGCUGUGCAAGACAGUGAAGUGCAAAUAAAAGCCAAAUGUUGCAGAUUACCAAAGUUAUGCUUAUUCGGUAUUAUUAAUUUUUCAUUUCACUAUGGACAGAAAUCUGUUGGGAAAAACAGGUAAUCACAAGACUCUAC